CACGCCUGCACCGAAGCGAGCAGUUUAUUACUGGGAAGCUCCUGGCUGGCUGGUCGGUCGGUUCUCUGGAAUCCAAGAGCCUCACCUGGGAAAGCAAAGUGUCAGGUGGCAGCUGACUCCUGUUGAUCGAGAGCGGGGAGGCAAGCCGGAGUGACGUUUUUCCCAGGGCGGGCUGCCCUCUGUGGCAUGUGACAACCCCCUCCCCGCCACGGGACACAGCAGUGGUCUAGAAGCGUUGGGGUGAGUGCCAUGCCAGUGGAGACCCUCCAAGCCAGCCACGCCAUGAAAGGCGUCCCGGCCGCUGCGCCCUUCACCUCGGCCAUGCCGUUCCGAAUCCUGAACAAGGGCCCUGAGUACUUCCGCCGGCCGGCUGCUGGCACUGCCGCCAAGAAGCCCAGCGCGGUGGAGAGGCUGGAAGCGGACAAGGCCAAGUACGUCAAGAGCCAGCAGGUGGCCAGCACGCGGCAGGAGCCGGUGAGGGCUCUGCUCCUCAAGCAGCCCCUCUUCACCCCAGGGGUGCGGAGGGUGAUGGUCACCCCCAGCCGGAAGACCCCUCAAGGAGGACGCCGGGCAGAGGCGCGUGGCGCCAAGACCUCCCUGAACCUGGAGAUCCUCAACAACCUGAUCAACUUCUGCGACAGCCCGCUGUCGUUCCCCAAGCCAGAGAAGAGCCCCGCAGAGCACAAGUGGGGGGCAGGGGGCCAGGGCUGGAGCCCCGGGAGCCUCCCGGACACCCCAAGGAAGAAGGGCCACCCGGCGGAAGGCAUGAGCAAGCUGUCCCAAAGCUCGGCCUCCUCCAAGCCGCCCAGCACGGUCGCCGUGCGCAGGGUGGACGUCCGGCCGUGCGGGGCCCUGAAGGCGAGGGUCGUCCCCAGCAUCCAGCUCACGCCGGUCCCCUCCUCCCCUGCGCAGGCCAAGAUCCUGUCCGCCGGCCCCCUGAGCUCCCCCAGCCCCCGCGGCGAGCUGCGGACAGACAGCGCCAGGCGCCAGACCUUGCUUCACCGCUCCAAAUCGGACCUGAGCGACCGGUACUCCCGGGCGACGGCUGACCUCGAGCGCUUCUUUAACUACUGUGGACUGGACCCGGAGGACAUGGGGGACGUGGAGGUGGAGCGCUUCACCCGGGCCAGUUCGGACAUUGUGUCCGUCAAGUUCCACAGCGUCAGCACGGCCAGCUCAGAGGGGACCCGCUCUCGCCGCAGCGCCGUCACCUUGGAGGAGAGGCAGGCCGAGCGCAUCCCUUACGGCAUCUCCAUCAUCGAGCGCAACGCCCGGGUCAUCAAGUGGCUGUAUGGACUACGGCAAGCCAGAGAGUCUCAAAAGGUAUCCAACGUAUAGGGGUACUUUGGCGGGCUCCAACAGGAAGCGAGGAAAACAAACAAGAACACUUUCUCCCCCCUCCCCACCGUUUGUUUCAGUGUGUGUUUGGGAUAUUUACUGUCGGAGGGGAAAGGUUGGCAACUGUCGCGUGGGUUUUGUGCGUGUUCCUUUGGAGAAAUGUCUGGUCUUCCUUGGGGCAGCGGGGCUGUUCUGAUGAGGGAUCCCAUAAUCUAAAUCCGUGCCGAAAAUCCACCUGGGGAAGAAGUGUAUCUGGGCUCCUUCUGAAUCUCCAAGAAGUCCAAAAGUAAGAGAGUUCAUUAGAAUGUUUUUUUUUUCCAGGAGUGAGAAGCCCAGAGCAAGCAGGUUGCUAGAUUCUUGCCAAGUCCUGUAAGGAAUGCAUAAGGAAGCAGCCCCCUGAAUAUGUGGGCAUUGUUACAACAGGAGCCAGCAACCCAUUGGAGGAGGGAUCUGCGAACUCCCAGGUGUUGCUGGACUCCAGCUCCCAUCCACCCUGAUCGCUGACCACGUUUGGUGGUGCUGGUGCUCUGGAAAUAGGGGGGUCCAUUACUGGUGGUUACUGUGCUACCAAGCGCAGUCAAUUCUUAAGCCAGACAUUGCUGUUUUAAUUCCCAAGGUCUUGAUCGCACCCGUUUGUGUGCUAAGCCUUGGGAAUCUGUGCGGCGCAGAGCAGACAGGGAUAAGCUUUUGCAGAAGCAACAAUGGGAUUGUUAACAAUGGAAAUCUUAACGGCUGAGAGGGCUGUUAAAAA